AUGCGGGCUCCCUCUCUGCAGCAGUCAGCAGAGUCAGCAGUCAAAACACGUGCAGCAGGCGCACCCCCACCAGCAGCCGCGUCGGCACCAUGCGGGUUCCGUCUCUGCAGCAGUCAACAGAGUCAGCAGUCAAAACACGUGCAGGAGUCGUACCCCCACCAGCAGCCGCGUCGGCACCAUGCGGGCUCCCUCUCUGCAGCAGUCAGCAGAGUCAGCAGUCAAAACACGUGCAGCAGGCGCACCCCCACCAGCAGCCGCGUCGGCACCAUGCGGGCUCCGUCUCUGCAGCAGUCAACAGAGUCAGCAGUCAAAACACGUGCAGGAGUCGUACCCCACCAGCAGCCGCGUCGGCACCAUGCGGGCUCUGUCUCUGCAGCAGUCAGCAGAGUCAGCAGUCAAAACACGUGCAGCAGGCGCAUCCCCACCAGCAGCCGCGUCGGCACCAUGCGGGCUCCGUCUCUGCAGCAGUCAACAGAGUCAGCAGUCAAAACACGUGCAGGAGUCGUACCCCCACCAGCAGCCGUGUCGGCACCAUGCAGGCUCCGUCUCUGCAGCAGUCAGCAGAGUCAGCAGUCAAAACACGUGCAGCAGGUGCACCCCCCACCAGCAGCCGCGUCGGCACCAUGCGGCUCCGUCUCUGCAGCAGUCAGCAGGGUCAGCAGUCAAAACACGUGCAGGAGUCGUACCCCCACCAGUAGCAGCGUCGGCACCAUGUGGGCUCCGUCUCUGCAGCAGUCAACAGAGUCAGCAGUCAAAACACGUGCAGGAGUCGUACCCCCACCAGCAGCCGCGUCAGCACCAUGCGGGCUCCCUCUCUGCAGCAGUCAGCAGAGUCAGCAGUCAAAACACGUGCAGCAGGCGCACCCCCACCAGCAGCCGCGCCGGCACCAUGCGGGCUCCGUCUCUGCAGCAGUCAGCAGGGUCAGCAGUCAAAACACGUGCAGGAGUCGUACGCCCUCCAGCAGCCGCGUCGGCACCAUGCAGGCUCCGUCUCUGCAGCAGUCAGCAGAGUCAGCAGUCAAACCACGUCCAGCAGGCGCACCCCCACCAGCAGCCGCGUCGGCACCAUGCGGGCUCCGUCUCUGCAGCAGUCAACAGAGUCAGCAGUCAAAACAUGUGCAGGAGUCGUACCCCCACCAGCAGCCGCGUCGGCACCAUGCGGGCUCCCUCUCUGCAGCAGUCAGCAGAGUCAGCAGUCAAAACACGUGCAGCAGGCGCACCCCCACCAGCAGCCGCGUCGGCACCAUGCGGGCUCCGUCUCUGCAGCAGUCAACAGAGUCAGCAGUCAAAACACGUGCAGGAGUCGUACCCCCACCAGCAGCCGCGUCGGCACCAUGCGGGCUCUGUCUCUGCAGCAGUCAGCAGAGUCAGCAGUCAAAACACGUGCAGCAGGCGCAUCCCCACCACCAGCCGCGUCGGCACCAUGCGUGCUCCGUCUCUGCAGCAGUCAGCAGGAUCAGCAAUCAAAACAUGUGCAAGAGUCGCACCCGCACCAGCAGCUGCUCGGCCACCAGACGGUCUCCAUCCCUGCAGCCAUCAGCACUCACUCUUGACGUCAGCAGGAUGCCUUCGCGAGUGAAGUCGCUGCUCAGCUCCCCAGCUACCAGCCAGGGGAACCCCAGGCUGGCCGGUGAGCCGCCAACACCUGCGCCUCUUCGCCGCCUUCGGCCACCUCGACCAAAGCCGGAUGAGAGGAAGGUGGGGUCCACCACCACCGACUGCGAAGAGGCCGCUGCUGAUAAACCAGAGCUUCGACCAAUACAUGUAAGCAGCAGGAGCCUGUUUGUAGACUAUUAG